CCGGAAGCGGAAGUGCGGGCAGCCUGAGGUUCUGUCCAGUGAGAUCUUGGACCGUGCGCCAGACGUUCCUCCUGCCGGUCACAUCUCGCCGUCUCUUCUGCCCGUGUCCCCUCGCCGGCCCCGCCAUGCUGUCUCUAGAUUUUUUGGACGAUGUGCGGCGGAUGAACAAGCGGCAGCUCUAUUAUCAAGUCCUAAAUUUUGGAAUGAUUGUCUCCUCGGCACUAAUGAUCUGGAAGGGGUUAAUGGUCAUAACUGGAAGUGAAAGUCCAAUUGUAGUGGUGCUCAGUGGCAGCAUGGAACCUGCAUUUCAUAGAGGAGAUCUUCUCUUUCUAACAAAUCGAGUUGAAGAUCCCAUACGAGUGGGAGAAAUUGUUGUUUUUAGGAUAGAAGGAAGAGAGAUUCCUAUAGUUCACCGAGUCUUGAAGAUUCAUGAAAAGCAAAAUGGACAUAUCAAGUUUUUGACCAAAGGAGAUAAUAAUGCGGUUGAUGACCGAGGCCUCUAUAAACAAGGACAACAUUGGCUAGAGAAAAAAGAUGUCGUGGGGAGAGCGAGGGGAUUUUAUCAGGAGAACAGAUCAGUGAAGGACAGGAAUUGUAAGUUACUGGUAUGAGGAAGUAUGGGAUUAUUACUACCUUCAUGUUAUUAAUACUAUUAACAAUAACUCACAUUUAUUAGGGCUUACUCUGUGCCAGAGACUCAUUCUAAGUGCUUUCUUUACAAGUAUUACCUCAUUUUAACCUGAGAACAACCCUAAUAUUUCCAUUCUACAGAUGAGGAAACACAGACAUGUUAGGUUGUUUAUCUAAGUCACACUGAUGAUAGUAAGUGGCUGGCUGACUCCAGAGCCCACCCUUUUUACCAUCAUAGCAAAAUUACUGGUAUAACACUUCUGAGAUGGGUAGCUGCUUGUUCACUUUAGAUGCUACAUGGCACUCUUAUCCACUGUCAGAACACCUGCUCCUUCUAACCUAGAACAGACACUGUGGAUUCAGUGAUUCCACUAGUGAACAGUGGAGCUGAGGAGCUGUGUUCCCAUAAAGAAAUAAAUUCAAGUUAUUAAGUAAAAGCUGCCUUGGUUACAGCAGAAGAGAUGUUCAGUUUGGGGCCAGAGAGAUCGGAUCAGAAAAAGCACCAAUGUGUUUUGUCUUCAGCAGACCUGGUUUUUUGUGUACACCUCCAGUUCAAGGGAACUUGAUUUCCUAUGAUGGAGCUAAACAUACUUUUAUAAUUCAAAUUAGAUUAUCAGUGCUUCUGAGAAGUGAUAGUCCCCAUUUCCCUCAGUUCCCAAGAUGCUGCUAAUAUCAGCCUCUUAGAGUCUUUUUGCUUUUCCUUUAAUUGCAAAUGUACAGAUUCUUGUAGAAACAUAAGGAAAUAACAGUCAUCAAAAAGCAGAGUCACUUCUUUCCUUUCAGUUCCUCCAUAAAUAUUUAAUUUUUUGGUUUGUGUUCUUUUAGCCGAUAUGUGUAAAGAUGCAGAUCUUAAUGUAUAAGUGUGUAUACAUAAACACAUUUUGUGUAUGGGGAGAGAAUCGUCACACUGCUUAUAACCUCUUUUUUAUCCUCCAAUGUUAUUAGUAUCUAUAAAUCAAAAGAUUUAUUUCCAUAUCAUCAUUUUCAAAUCUGUAUGCUACUCUACUGUGUGCAAAGACCAUAUUUUUAUUUAGCCAAAAUCUCCUAUUGUCAGAUGCCUUUGAUUGUGAGCAGUGUUAUGAUGAGCAUCCCUGUUACAUAUAUCUCAGUGCCUCUGCCCAGUCAUUUCUUCACAGUAAAUUCUUAUACUUGGAAUGACCUGGUGAAACAUAAGCAUAUUUUAAGGCUUUGGACAAAUUUUUGUUGUACAGUUUUAUUUGUACUCCUCACAGAGGGUCCCUUUAUCUGGAUCUUGAUUCUUAGGUGUUUAGUGCAGCUCUGUCUGCUCAUUCUGGCCCCCUGUUUGGGUAAAAAAUGCAUCAUCCUAUGGAAGGGUGGAGGAACCAGGCUUUCUUUUACUCAAGUAACUUGUCUUUUCUAAAGAAUUUUUUAAAAGUCCCAAACUAUGUACAGUGUUAUUUCUAAAAUCCCAGGAUUGAAAGUUAUAGGCCUUUUUCUGGCUAUUAAUUUUAAAAAUGUUAUAGUCUGGUACUCUCUUAAUUAAAUAACUUUGCAUGAAGUAUAAACAUCUGGGAUAUGAACAGCAGGAGCACAGACUCUUAACUGUUACAAAUUCACUUUCCGUUGAUUAUGUCACCACUUACCUUGACACAUAAUGAGGCACAUCAUCUCCUUUUGUGAAAAUUGUGUUUAUAAAAUGCUAAACUAUAUUUCAGAGUCAGACUGUACCCAAACCUUGGAAUUUUUUUUUUUCAAACAGCUGCACACUAAAAAAUUUUACACUGAAGCCUAAAGCCCUAAAUAAAAACAAAUUUAAACAAUUUUUUAUUGAAAUAUAAUUCACAUAUAUUAGGAUAUAAAAUUUACCCUUUUAAAGUGUACAGUACAGCGAGUUUUAUUAUAUUCACAAAGUUGUAAAACCGUCACCACUGUUUAAUUCCAGAACAUUUCCUCACCCCAAAAAGAGAACUUGGUACUGAUUUGCAGUCACUCUGCAUCCCCUUCUCCCUGCAGCCCCUGGCAACCACUAAUCUACUUCCUGUCUCUAUGGAUUGCCUGUUCUGGACAUUUUAUAUAAACAGAAUCUUACAAUAUGUGGUCUUACAAUAUGUCCGGCUUCUUUCACCUAGCGUAAUGUUUUCAAGGUUCAUUCAUGUUAUAGCAUGUAAUAAAACACUUUUAGAAAGUGAAACUAAUACUGAACCAAGUAAGAAUAGGGGUGAUUCUUUCUAAAUUCAGGUAGUUGAAAAACACAAGAGAACCUGUUAGUCAAAGACGAGUAGAAAGCAACAGGA